CAAUAUGGCGGUGUUUGGCACAAAGACCUUUGGGGAAAAACCAAGACCCUUUCAAAUAGAGGAAGAUGGCGAGUUUUAUUACAUUGGGUCAGAGGUUGGGAAUUAUCUCCGAAUGUUCAGGGGGUCUUUAUACAAGAAGUAUCCCUCCAUGUGGAGAAGACUUCUUACUGUGGAAGAGAGGAAGAGGAUCUCUGAGCUAAACACUGGAGCCCCAUCUUUAGCCACAAACAUUACACUCCUGAAGGCUAGUGAAGUUGAUGCCAUCUUUGAAGGAAAUGAUGAUAUGUUUAAAACUGUCUCAAUCAACAGUGACUCAUCUUACCAAAUAAACAGGGAUUAUAAAUCCAAGAGGAACAACUGGGUACCCACAGUUCCUAGCAGUUCACAUCAUUUAGAUGCUGUUCCAUGUGCCACCCCAAUUAACAGGAACAGACUUGGGAAAAAACAAGUGCGGACCUUCCCCAUGUGUUUUGAUGAUACAGAUCCUGCCAGUAUUCAUGAUAAUGCCAAUCUACAGGAGCAGCUGGUCCCCAUCCGACUAGACAUGGAGUACGAAGGCCAGAAACUCAGAGACUGUUUCACAUGGAAUAAAAACGAGAGCCUGAUUACUCCUGAACAGUUUGCAGAAAUCUUGUGUGAUGAUUUAGAUCUGAACCCAAUCAACUUCAUCCCAGCCAUCUCACAGGCCAUCAGACAACAAAUAGAGGCUUACCCACAGGAAAACUUGUUAGAUGAACAAAAAGACCAGAGAGUGAUACUCAAGUUAAAUAUACAUGUAGGCAACAUAUCUUUGGUCGACCAGUUCGAAUGGGACAUGUCGGAACCUGAUAACUCGCCAGAAGAUUUUGCCAAGACCCUGUGUGCAGAACUGGGCCUUGGUGGAGAAUUCAUUACAUGUAUAGCUUAUAGCAUCAGAGGCCAAUUAAGUUGGCACCAAAGAACUUAUGCAUUUAGUGAACAGCCUUUGCCCAUUGUUGAGGUAGCCAUUAGGAACCAGAAUGAGGCAGAUACUUGGUGUCCAUUCUUAGAAACACUAACAGAUGCAGAAAUGGAAAAGAAGAUCCGAGAUCAAGAUAGAAACACAAGGAGGAUGAGGCGGUUGGCCAACACAGCACCCUCUUGGUAGGGAUUUCAGUCCAUGUCUCACCUGAAUCACAAUUCUGCAUUAACAUGUCGUAUUUGAGAAGGAGUGUGUGAAACAUUGAUUUUGAUUGUCGACUUUCAAAAAUGUUUUUUGUUUGUUUCAAGUGGUGCUAUAAAGCAAUUUUGAUAUCAUUUCAUGCGUUGCAUAUAUUUCAUUCAUCUGCCAUCAUUUAUGUUGAGAGAGAGAAGGAGAGAGUGUAAUUGUUGUGAUGUGUAUAAGUAAUAAAAAUGAUAUACACUGGA